GCAGAUGCGGAAGAUAACGAAGAGAAAACAUCGGAACCUCCAGAAAAAAAUCAAGGAAUUACUGAAGGAGUUCCAAGACAUUCAUGAGGACCUUCCGAACGAGCUACCACCAUACCGAACACACCAACACGAGAUCGUAGAGGAACCAGGUUCGAAGCCGACCCUCCGAGCACCAUAUCGGCUCAGCCCCACUGAGCUAGCCGACAUGAAGAAAGAGAUCGAGUUUCUCCUCGCCAAAGGACUCAUCCGACCAUCCAGUGCUAUACGGUGCCCCAGUACUCGUCACAACGAAACCAGACGGAAGCCUGCGCAUGUGCAUCGUUUACCGAGCUCUCAACAAGCAGACCAUCAAGAACAAAUACCCAAUUCCAUGAAUCGAUAACCUGCUUGACCAACUUCGGGGAG